AUGAAGAAAUAUCUUCCCAGCAUUGAAUUCUAUAAACACAGACUUGAACAGUCCCAAUAUAGACCGGUAGAAUUCCUCUCAUUCCUAAAGAAAAACAAUGUCCCCAUUAUAAAAGUCACUCCAUUUCGUAUACAAGACACCCUGCUUACCCUUACUGGUGAAAUACACACGAAGGAUAUACUAAGAUUGCUAUGCGAAGUCCACAUUGUAGAGACAACAAAAAGACAAGUGGGAAAUGAAUGCCUUUUGAAACUGAUGUCUUCCCCCGUGUUACAAAGAUCUGUCUCAUUGACAGGUAUUACUACUGUCAGUCACAUUUCCUGUGUAACACCAGACCAGGUCUGGAUAAGUGAUUAUCUGUAUAACAAUCUAUUAUUAAUAAACACCGUAGGAGAUACAUUGCAUCAAUUGACAGAUAGAUGUAGCGGAUGGGGAGUAUACACAGUCGACAUCGGAGGCAAUCUUAUUUAUAUAGACAAAGAAUAUAACAUUAGCAAAUUAUGUGAGAAUAACAGACGAAAGGUUAAACUGAUAAAGUCAACAAAUGAACCAUGGAGACCACGCUGUAUCUAUUCUUGCCCUUCGUGUGGAGAUCUACUGGCUGUAAUGUGGAAUAUCGAUACAAAGACAAUUAACGUAACCCGUUAUACUAGCAUUGGUCAACAUAUACAGACGAUACAACAAAACAGCAGAGGUCAGGACAUUUAUAGUUAUCCUAAAUACAUUACAGAGAACAACAAUGGAGAUAUAGUUGUGUCUGACUUCAAUAAUGGUGUAGUUGUGACAGAGGUUGGAGGGAAAUAUCGUUUCUCGUACACUGGUCCUCCAUCCAAAUCAGGUCUAGACCCACUAGGAAUCUGCACGGACGCACUGUCACACAUCCUUGUAUGUGAUGGUUACACUCGCGCAGUACAUAUGAUUGACAAGGAUGGUCACUUUUUGUCAAUGUUACCCCUCACAAAACAACAAAAUAUACAUGAACCUUGGAGUCUAUGUUAUGAUAAAAAAUCUCACCUUCUCUGGGUUGGGUCACUUGAUGGUAGAGUAAAUGUUUACAGACACAUUGAGAGGAAGGACAAAGUGCCAGAUAAUAAAAAUCAUUUUUACUAG